UGGACCUGCUCCAUCCCUUCAUCUUCCCGGUCUUCUUGUAAUUGUGGAAGCGCACGGUCCCCCGGUGCGGACUUUCCCGCCGAUGUCGGCAGCCCGGCUCUGAAGGCGGCCACCUGCCAGGAGCCCAAAUGCGUUUGCCACUCGUCGCCCUUGCGAUGUCUUUGCUUUGCGACACCAUCGGGAGCCAGGGCCGGCCGGACGCUCAGCAAGAUCGGUCGGCAGGUUGUCGGAACUGCGAGGAGUGCUCCCGCGACAACGGCUGCGUGCGCUGCGCCGAGCGCCUGUUCCUGUUCCUGCGCCGGGACGGCACGUCGCAGCACGGUACCUGCGUGCAUGCGUGCCCCGAAGGAUUCUUCGGGCAACGGGCGCGCGAGGUCAACCGAUGCUUCAAGUGUCGCUCUGUCAACUGCGAGCACUGCUUCAGUCUGGACUUUUGCACGCAGUGCAAGUCGGGCUUCCCGCUCCACAACGGCCGCUGCCUGAGCGUCUGUCCCACACGAACCUUCGCACACGACGGCGAAUGUCUCGACGAGUGCGUCUCGACUCCGCUGUCAGGGUGGAGCGUGUGGAGCGUCUGCCUCCGAGACGGCGCCCCCUGCGGCUUCAGGUGGGGACGACGGACCCGGACGCGGGGGAGCGCCGCCCCCAAAGAGGCGCCCGGCCCCGAUCGGACCGGCUGCCCGUCGCAGAGCGAGACCAGGAGGUGCAGGAUGAAGAGGAGGUGCCCUGAAGCACACCCCGCUGCCAACACCUCCCUCGCCACCCCCGCACGGGGGCCCCAGCCACCGACGGGGCCCAACGCAGGAGCUGGCUACCACCCGAGAAGGUCGCACCCCGCCAAAACGGGCGAGGGUGUCAGGAGAGGGGAGACCAAGGCCCGGAAGGGGGCGGGGGACUCCUGUCUCCCCGUGGCCCGACACCCUAAAGGAGCCGUGGGCCCCAGGAGUCAAGCCGAGAGACGCGUGAACACCUGCCUGCCACCCUAUUACUGCGCGUGUGCCUUUAAAAGGCGGGCUUGGUCUGUUGAGUGGCGCGGAGACGGCAGAAGGCCGAGGGCGCGCGGCCGCGAGGGCCCGCAGAAACCGCUGUGGAUGCUCGCCACCGGCAAGGACGGCGACGCGCUCGACAUCUUCUGA